AUGCAGAUCAGCUUCAGUGGACUCAGGGCCCUGGUGACCGGUGCAGGGAAAGGGAUUGGAAGGGAUACAGUGAAGGCACUGCGUGAUUCUGGGGCCCAGGUGGUGGCUGUGAGCAGGACUAAAGAGGACCUGGUCAGCCUUUCCAAGGAGCGUCCAGGAAUAGAGCCGGUCUGCGUGGACCUGGGAGAUUGGGAGGCCACUGAACGUGCUCUGGGAAAUAUAGGCCCCAUAGACCUACUGGUCAACAAUGCAGCUGUACUUCUGGAGCAGCCCUUUUUGGAGGUUUCCAAGGAGGCUUUUGACAGGACCAUCAACGUGAACCUUCGCUCUGUGAUCCAGGUAUCCCAGAUGGUUGCCAAAGGGAUGAUUGCUCGAGGGGUCCCAGGAUCCAUCGUCAAUGUCUCCAGCAUAGUCUCUCGGGCUGCUAUUUUCUGCUUAACCAGUUACAGUUCCACCAAAGGUGCAAUGGACAUGCUGACCAAGAUUAUGGCCUUGGAGCUGGGGCCACACAAGAUCCGGGUAAAUACAGUGAAUCCUACAGUGGUCCUCACUCACAUGGGGAGAAGGGUCACUAAUCAUACAGAACUUGCUAAGUACCUGAAGGAACGCACUCCCCUAAACAAGUUUGCAGAGGUGGAGGACGUGGUUAACAGCAUCCUCUUUCUUCUGAGUGACAAGAGUGCCAUGACCAAUGGCUCAGGCAUCCUGGUUGAUGGCGGGUACUUGGCCUGCUAG